AUGUCCGCUGAAGCUGAAGCUGCUUCAAGCGACUACGUCCGACUUCACAUUACCCCUCUCGAUCCCGACCUUAUCAAAGUCGUCCUGUCAGCGUCUGUAGCUCCCAAGGCGCGAAACAUUUCUUAUCACACAAUCGACACUUUUCCCGAGCGCCGCUACGGUUACGUCGAACUACCCACCAUGGAGGCUGAUAAAUUAAAGAAGAAGCUCAAUGGCGCUACGCUCAAGGGCACCAAGGUCAAGAUUGAAAAGGCCCGGCCAGAGAAAAAGAUUGAGCCUACUGCCGAGCUUGACAAGGCAGAUGAGGAGCAGGAGAAGAAGCACAAGAAGAUAAAGGAGUCAAAAGAGGAGAAGAGAAAACGAAAGCGUAAUCCCGAAAUUCUCGAGGGUGUUGCUCUGACAGAUCGCAAAGUUAAGAGAGGCUGGACAGAGCCCGCCGACCAAAGAAGGAAAAAGAGCAAGCUAGAUAAAGAAAAGGAAAAGGACGGAAAGUACACAGAAAAGAAGAAGCGCCUAAAGUCAAAGCACACAGAGGGAGAUGAAUGUCUGCUCAAGACAAAGGUUCCUCCUAAUCUCAUGUCCACCCUCACCGAGGACGACCAGCCCCGGAAGCGCAAGAAGAAGGGCAAGGAUCGCGAAGUGGUGGUUCACGAAUUCGAAAAGACGACAAAGUUUCCGAGCUUCUUGAAGAACUCUGCCGACGGCGAAGCCAGCAAGACAACUGAGUACGUUGAGGGUAAGGGCUGGGUGGACGAGGAGGGUAACGUGGUUGAGACUGUUAAGGAGAAGAAGAAGGUCGGUGAGCCUACGCCCAAGAAGAAAAAGGCCAAGAAGGCUACGCCUCCUCCAGAGUCAGACGAUGAAACUAGCGACAGUGGUACUAGUAGCAGCGGGUCGUCUUCAGACGAGGAUGAGGAUGAGAGCGAGGACGAAAUGGAGGUCGAUGCCAAAGUAGAGAAGAAGGAAGAAAAGACCACCAAGGAAACACCCCAAAAAGAUGACGAGUCCUCUUCCGACGAGUCCUCCGACGAAGUAUCCCCCGAACAACCCCAACAAGCAACGCCUCUCUCAGCCAUCAAAGCCGACGACAGCAGACCCCCCUCCCGCGAUCUCACAAUCAAGAUACCCCCUCCUCUGACCCCCUCUACCAACAUCCAUCCCCUGGAAGCUCUGUACAAGCGUUCCAAUCCCGACCAAAGCGCCACCGAGACGCCAGUUAAGAAAGAAGCCGAGCCAUUCAGCUUUUUCAGCGGUGGAGACGACGAUGAUGAUAUCGAGAACGAAGAGGACCAAGACCCCGCCAACCAAACAAUCGCAACACCCGGCCCCAUGACUCCCUUUUCUCGUCAGGACUUUGAAUGGCGCGGCGUUAGAAGCGCUGCUCCUACGCCUGACACGGCGCAUCCCUCGCGCAUGCGCAACUUCUGGCCUGAGGAUGAGGAGGAGGGUGAUGAAGAUGCUGAUAUGGCGGAGCAUGGGUACGAUGAGGAAGAAGGAGAAAAGGGUGCUUCUGGUCCGCAGAGCUCGAGUGAUUUCCAGGCUUGGUUCUGGGAUAACAGACGUGAUCUCAACAGAUCGUGGAUGAAGCGUCGCAAGACGGCGGCCAAGGAGAAGAGGCACAAGGAGAACAAGGCCAGAGCCAGCAAGGCAAUGUAG